AUGAACCAAUUGAAAGAUAACCAAAUCUACCGCCAAUUCGAGAAAUACUACCAACCAGUAAGACAGCGCCGACUCAAGCGCUGGAAUGCUCUUCUCAAAAUUCAUACAGUCUCUCCAGAUGAAAAAUCUCCAAAGCUAAAAAGAUUCGUCAGAAAAGGUGUGCCCCACAAAUAUCGCGCUAAAGUUUGGAUGCAGUUGACAAAUGCCCAGAGUCGUAUGGAGAAUUCACUCGGCCUCUACCAAGAUCUACUCACGCGGGUGGACAAAGAUUUCAAAACCCUCGAGCAGAUCGAGCUCGACAUUCAUCGAACCUUCCCUGACAAUAAGUUUUUCAAAGACGGCAAGGAAGAUAGGAAGAAACUUUAUAAUGUUCUCGUGGCCUUUGCAGAAUACAACAAAGAAAUUGGCUAUUGCCAAGGAAUGAACUACAUCGCCGGCCUGAUCGUUCUGGUCGUCAGAGAGGAAGAAAAGGCAUUCUGGCUUCUUGUUUGUCUAAUUGAAGAAAUUCUCCCCGAAGAUUAUUUCUGCCAGAAACUGACGGGGAUUACUCGAGACUGUUCUGUUCUUGGAGAUCUCGUGAAAGACAGAAUAUUAGGAACUGGCGAUGGUCAUGAUGAUCAGUGGGAUCUCGUCACGGCCAAGUGGUUCAUUUGCUUGUAUAUUGAUGUUUUGCCGAUACAGACGACGCUGAGAAUCUGGGAUUGUCUGUUAUUUGAAGGCGAUACAGUUUUGUUCCGCGUUGGAAUCACUCUCUUCAAUCUACGAGCAAAUCAACUAGCGAAGGCAUCUUCAAUCGUAGACGUCAUUGAUGGUCUUGGUAAUUUCGCGAUAGAGAAACAAGUAGUCAACUGCCACCAUUUCAUGAAUCUUCUGUUCGAAGACAAAAACGCCAAAGUCUCAAGAGAAAUCAUUGAAGACAUCCGAGACGACCAUCGCCCUAUUCAACGAAACAAACCAAAACGCAUGAAAACUAUGCUGAUACACCAGUGCACCCAGCGACUUGCAAUGUCUUCUUAA